AUGGAAAACGAGCAAGUCAAAAAAAGGCGAUCUGCAUCACCAGCAGUAUCGAGUAAAGAGGUCAAGAAAAGUAAAGUUGAAAAGGAAAAUUUGCUAGAUGGCCAUAGUGCAUCUCCGUCUGGACUAUCUAAUAGAUAUCCAACGGAAGAAAUAGAAGACGAAUCAUAUGAAGAAAUAAGCAAACAAUAUAAAAAAUUUUCUAAUGCUCCAAAGUUUAAUCUCAAUAGUGAAGAAUUAUUCUGUAUAUGUCGAAAGCCAGAUCAUGGAGGAGAGUUAAUGAUUUCAUGCGAUAGCUGUGAUGAAUGGUUUCAUUUCAAAUGCAUGAAAUUGAAUGAAGAUCACUCCAAGCUAAUCGCUAAAUUUUAUUGCAAGUUUUGUCGCUGGAAGGGAGUCGGCAGUACAAAAUGGAAAAGAAAAUGCCGUUUAGAAUGGUGCUGGGAACCUAUUAGGGCUGACUCUAAAUCCAAAUAUUGUUGUGACGAACAUGGAAUAACUUAUAUUAAACAAACCUUGUUGAUCAAGAAUGGAAUUAAUGAUUUGAUUCCAAAUGAUAUCAAGUCUAUAUUUAAUUAUUGUACCACCUCAGACAAUGGCUACCAAAAGCUAGUUCUUUUAGGUUCAAAAUUCCCCGAAUUGCCAGAAAUUUCCUCACUCAAAAAGGAUGGAUCCGACAUUUCAGAGUUGCCUGAAAGUCUCAAAAAUAACUUAACUAAAAUAGGUUCGAAUCUCGAUAAAAUUAAUUCUCUUAUUGAUUUUUGCAGACUCAAGAGUGAUUACCUACUAAAAAUUAAGGAAAAAAUUAAAAUAAUUAAUGAAAGGUUACAGGCAUCUUAUCAAGUUGAAGAUCAAACAGAAAAUUGUGAGGAAUCGUCGAAAGGUAAAAGAUCCAAAGAUUCUAAAAGUAAGAAAUCUAAAAAAUUUGACCUUUGUUGCUAUGACAAAUCUAUAAAUCAAGGAAUUCAAACCGAUAUACUGUCGAAAAAUGAUAUUGAAAAGUUCACUAUUUCUGAGGAUAUAUAUACUGACUAUAAAGAACAAAUUGAUAAUAUAAUAGGUUUUUAUCGUGAACAUAAGGAUGAUAUCGAUUCAAAUUCAUGGUUUGAAAAUACAAUAUGCUUACAGGAUAAACGUAAAUGUCCAAGGCAUAAUGGUUGGUGGAAUUUAAUAAAUGAUGAAGUUGUUAAAAGAUACAAUGAACUAUCCAUUAAUGCAAAGAAAUUAGAAGAUGAGAAAUUAAUCAUGUUAAGAAACUAUAGCAUUAAGAUAUAUGAACUGCGAAGUUAA